AUGGCUAUGAACAAAUAUAUGCAUCCUCGCAACGUUUAUAAGGAUCCACCAAACUUUAAUAAAUUAGCCACUACCUAUCCUGAAUUUGCUGGUGUAUCUCGAAUGGAUGUCACAGGAAAAAUAAGCAUAGAUUUCAAGGAUCCUCACUCACUAAGAAUUUUGACGGCAUGUUUAUUAAAAUCUGACUUCAAUCUUUGUGUGUCAAUUCCUGAGGACCGCCUAGUUCCAACUCUUCCUUUAAGACUAAACUACAUUCUCUGGUUAGAAGAUUUACUUGAUUUCAUUGGAAGAAUGGACUCAAUAUGUGGCAUUGACAUUGGUACUGGAGCAUGCGCUAUUUAUCCAUUACUAGCUGCAAGGAAAAAUGAGUGGCAUAUGAUUGGAACUGAAACAGAUGAUGAAAGUCUUAAAAAAGCAAAAGAAAAUGUAGAAAAUAAUAAAUUACAAAAUCUUAUAUCAUUGAGCAAGAACACAACUAAAUUUACCCUGAAGUAUUUAUUUACGGAGGAAAAGCAACAGUACGAUUUCUGCAUGUGCAAUCCACCAUUUUACGUAAACAUUCAAGAAGUUUGGGAAUCACGCAGUCCAGCAAGACCUCCCCCAAAAAAUGGAUUCACUGGUUCACCUCAAGAACUUAUUACGGAAGGUGGUGAACUCCAGUUUUGUAGGCAAAUGAUUGAAGAAAGUAAAAAAUUAAAAGAUAAUAUACUAAUUUUCACAACAAUGGUUGGACACAAGUACAAUUUAAAAGAGAUAGUAAUGGAUCUUAAGGCUGAAGGCAUUAUGCAUUGUACUACAGAAUUUUGUCAGGGCAGAGUGACACGAUGGGGUGUGGCUUGGACAUACCAGAACUAUGAUUUUACAAAAUUAGCCCCUCUUUAUGAUAAAACCAGGAAAAAGAAUAAUCUAAUUACAUUUGAAGUCCCUAAGAUACCAGAUCAAAAAUACACUAUUGAUAGAAUUACUGAGAAAUUAAAACUAUUAUUAGAAGGAUUGAAAAUAGAAAACAAAAUGAUAUCAAAAAGAAGGAAUGAAGUAUGUCUAGAUAUGAUUGCUUUUACCAACACUUGGUCAAACCAAAGGCGCAAGAGACGACUCAUGAAAAGAAUUGAUGAUGAAGUUAAGAAGGCAAAACUAAGUGUACCUGAGCCCUCUAAUAAUGAUAGUACAGAAAAUAAUGACAAAUUAAAAGAAUCUAAAAUAGAUACAAGGGGAAAUGUAAUAGAAGUCUUGAUUGCAGAACCACAAAAUACUGAAUUAAGCCAAAGUAAUCAACAAUCUGAAAGAGAUUCUGCAGAUACUAGUAUAUCUAGUAGUGAACAGUCUUCUAAUAAAAGUGUUAUGCAAAAAGAUAAAUCUUUGCAUAUUUGUGGCCAUAACCCACUUUCACAUGCAAUAAUUAAAGUGCAUUGUAAAGGAGAUAUAUUUUUAAUAUCUAUGGAAUACUUAAAUGGCACAGCAGGGAAAGAGGGGCUACAUCAAAUACUUCAAUUUAUUAAAAAUAAUUGGAAGUAG